AUGGUGAUCUGGAGAGCGCUAUACGGGGUGCCUGAAGCUGGAACACAUUGCACUUUUGAUCCUUGCCUUUUGCUUUCUACUUCAAGAAGGGACGAUUUCGCGAUUAUCGGGCUCCAAACCGAUGACACCUUCAUCUUGGCCACAGAUACUUUUGCCGCUAAAGAAGAGGACGAGUUGACCAAGGCAAAACUGGACUCUAAGUCAAGGGAUAAGCUCUUAACGACCAAAGAACUCGCCUUCAAUGGGGGAGUGUUAAGACAACACGCGUCCGACAACUCGAUGUCCCUCUUGCAGAAAGGGCAAGGGCUGAAGCUCAAACUGGUCGGGAAUAGCCUUAACUUUAAGGUAGAAUACUUAGAGCAACGUGCCCGGGCUGCAUAUAUUGCAUCAAUUGGAUACACGAUUAUCUUAGCUACUAAGCAAGACACAGGGACCAAUGAGAUCGAAUUGCAAGGCAACCUCGUCCACUACUCUUCGGUGAAGUGCUCCCGAGUCACCAAGAGCGUAUUAGCUUCCGAGGUAUAUGGUAUGGUAGCUGGAGUAGAUAUUGCAAUUGCAAUAGGUACUACGCUUGCAAUGGUCACUAAACAACUUGGCCUACCUACCAUCCUAGUAAUCAUCCUUACUGAUUCUUACUCUCUUUAUAAGUGCUUAGUGAAGCUUGGCACUACGAAAGAAAAGCGUCUUAUGAUCGACAUCAUGGCGCUCAGGCAAUCUUACGAGAGAAGGGAGCUUACUAAGGUUCGAUGGAUUGCUAGGGAGCACAACACCGCCGAUGCAAUGACAAAGGGGACACCCAAUAAGGCGCUAGAAACCUUUUUGGAUACGAACAAGCUGAAGGUUAAAUUGGAAGGUUGGGUUGAAAGAGAAAGCUGA